AUGGCCAACAUAUCCAUGCAGGAUAUCGAAGCGGUAGACGAUUACUGGGGACCUACGUUCCGUACUAUCCUUGAAGGGAAUUCGCAGGAUCAGAUUUCCGAACAGCUGGAAACACGCAUUCGCUCACAUGAUAAAGACAUCGAGCGGAUAUGCAACCUAUAUUAUCAGGGUUUUAUCGAUUCCAUUCGCGAGCUGCUGCUGGUAAAAUCGCAAGCCCAGGGGCUCAACCAGGAAGUUCUUACGCUUAACGAUGGCCUGGCAAAAGCGUCUGCGGGUGUCAUCGCCAAAGGUAACGAUCUGGUGAAGGCGCGCAAAGUAGAGGGCAACAUUGCAGGGGCAAUUGAAGGACUGUCCAGCUGCCUGCCGGUGCUGGAAUGCUACAGUAAGCUGCUGCGGCAGGUUCGCGAAAAGCGCUACUAUCCGGCGCUAAAAACGUUAGAGGUGCUGGAGAGCGAAUAUCUCCCGAAGGUAGCUGGGUAUCGCUUUUCGCAGCAGAUGCGCGACACGAUCCCGAAGCUCACGGAGAACAUCAAAAAGUCAUCCGAAGAGGACUUUCGCGAGUUUCUCGAAAACAUUCGCAAAUUCUCACCAAAAAUCGGCGAAAUCGCGAUGAAGCAUACGAAGGAGUUGCAGAAACGCGAUCUGGAAACAAUCAUCGCCGAGUACAAGCAGCUGGCCGAGCAGGGAGGUCCUGGUAGUUCGGAUUUCGGCGACGAUGACGAAGAUGUAAAUGCACAGGAUUUGAUCGACUUUUCGCCGAUCUAUCGCUGCUUGCAUAUCUAUACCGUGCUGAACGAUAAGGAAUACUUUGAGAAGGACUACCGCAAGCAGCGUCGCGAUCAGGCAAAACUCGUGCUACAGGCCCCACAAACAAUGCACGAUAAUCUGGAAGCGUACAAGACAUACAUCUACUCGAUCGUGGGAUUCUUCGUCGUAGAAGACCACGUGAUGAACACCGGCGGGGACAUUGUGACGCAGACUUACCUCGAUGAUUUGUGGUCUUCGUCGCUGUCGCGUGCCGUCAACGUGCUUAGCAUGUCUUCGUCGUCCUGCACCGAUCCAAAUGUGCUGCUUCGCAUUAAGAACCUGAUCAUGCUCAGCAUUACGACGCUGAAGAACUACGGGUACACCGUGUCGCAGUUAUGGGAUUUGCUGCUCGAAAUGCGCGACCACUACAACGAGGUGCUGUUGCAGCGUUGGGUUAACGAGUUCCGGGACAUUCUCGAUAAGAGUGACUUUCUGCCACUAGAAGCGCACAACCAGGAGGAGUAUGAUGCGGUGUUGGAACGCUUUCCUUUCCACUCAGAGCAGCUGGAAAUGCAACCGUUCCCGAAGAAAUUCCCCUUCUCGCGCAUGGUCCCGGAGGUGUACCAUCAAGCGAUGGAGUUCAUGUACGCAUGCAUGAAGUUUUCCGAGGAGCUUACGCUCUCCCCGAACGAGAUUGCCGCCAUGGUACGGAAGGCAGCUAAUCUGCUGUUGACGCGCAGCUUUAGUGGCUGCCUGUCCGCCGUGUUUCGCAGCCCCAGUCUAGCCCUGAUGCAGGUAAUUCAGAUCAUCAUCGACACACAAUACCUUGAGAAGGCAGGUCCGUUUUUGGACUCGUUCGUGUGCAAAAUGACCGGCACGGUACAGAGCGUGACGCAAACGCCGUCGGCCAUGUUCCAUGUUGCGCGCUCGGAAGCGGAGCAGCAGGUUUCGACCAAACUCUGCUGCAAGCUGGAUGAAUUCUUCGAGGAGCUAGAAAACUACGAUUGGGUGCUUCCGGAAUCGUACGGCCACGCGUCACCGUUCGUCACUGACAUGGUUGCGUUCUUACAGAGCACAUUCCAAAGCUUUUCCUUCAUUCUACCCGGGGUCGCGCAGGCCGCAUGCAAAAAGGCCUGCGAACACAUUGCGACGACCGUUUCGAAGUUGAUUCUUUCGGAAGACAUUCGACAGAUCUCGGGCGGCGCACUGGACCAGAUCAAUCUCGAUCUGAUGCAGUUCGAGCUGUUCGCUUCGUCCGAUCCGGUGCCCGGUCUGCGUGAGGGUGACCUGUCGAAAUACUUCGCCGAAAUUCGACAACUGCUCGAUCUGCUCAUUUCCGAGGAUUGGAGCGCUUACUUGCACGAUUUCGGGAAGGACGAAAACCGAUACUCGCUUGUACAUCCGUCCACGAUAAUCGUGGUGUUGGAGAAGCUGCGCGAGGCGGACAAAAAGUCCAUGCUGUCGUUGAUGAAAUCAAAGUCCGAGCGGGACAAAAAGAAACUCCUUGAGACGGUACUGCGCCAACUGAAGCAGUUGGCGGAACGGCAAAACUAGCCCACCGGGGCAAGACUUCUAUGUAUCGUAACAACAAGGCGCUCUGUUUUUCGAGUGCAACCGUUUGUAUUAAUCAAGGGACCGCACGCGCACUGUUUGCUCUUCUAAUCUCUUCUAGCAAGAUAACCGAUUCGAGAGGCGCGUAAAAACGCAACGAAGGUAUGUAUCAAUAAAGCGUUAUUUGAAUUAGCCACAGUGGCGGUUA